UGGCAAAGAAACUAUGUCCACAACCACAAAUCUUCCCUAUCAUCUUGCUCCCAAAGACUUCUCAACAGAAAACAAAUUCACAUCCCAACUUUCCCAGAAAACAAUCUUAGAUCUCUUGAACACCAAAAGCAGCACUUCACUUCAUCAUCUCAAGCAAGUCCAUGCUGUGGCAUUAAGGACAGGCCAUUUUCAAGACCACUAUGUAUCUGGUACCUUAGUGAAAUGUUAUGCAAAUCCUCAUUUUAGCAACUUGAAUUUUGCCUUAAAGGUCUUUGAGUAUGUCCCGAACCCUAAUGUUUUUGUGUUUAACAUUAUCAUCAAAGGUUGUUUGCAGAACAAUGAGCCAUGUAAGGCCAUAUGUUGUUAUUACAAGAUGAUGGUUGCACAUGCAAGGCCUAAUAAGUUUACUUAUCCGACAUUGUUUAAGGCUUGCACGGCUGCAGAAGCAGCUGAAGAAGGGGUGCAGGUGCAUGCUCAUGUGAUCAAACAAGGACUUAGUGGAGAUGUGCAUAUAAGAAGUGCUGGGAUCCAGAUGUAUGGAAGUUUUCGUGAAGUAGAGGGGGCAAGGAGAAUGCUAGAUGAGGAUGGGAACUCAGAUGUUAUUUGCUUUAACGCAAUGAUUGAUGGGUACUUGAAGUGUGGAGAGGUGGAAGCAGCUAAGGAGUUGUUUUGGAGCAUGGAGGAUAAGAAUGUGGGCUCUUGGAAUGUGAUGGUCAGUGGUAUGGCAAAAUGUGGCAUGAUUGAAGAAGCAAGAGAGUUGUUUAAUGAGAUGAAAGAAAAGAAUGAGAUUUCUUGGAGUGCUAUGAUUGAUGGUUAUAUCAAAGGAGGGUAUUACAAGGAAGCUUUGGAGGUUUUUAAUGUGAUGCAAAGAGAGGAAAUUAGGCCUAGGAAAUUUGUUUUGUCUAGUGUGCUAGCUGCUUGUGCAAAUGUGGGGGCUCUUGAUCAAGGAAGAUGGAUUCAUGCUUAUGUGAAUAAUAAUUCAAACUCCUUUGAUGCUGUUUUGGGUACUGCUUUGGUGGAUAUGUAUGCGAAAUGCGGGAGGCUUGAUAUGGCAUGGGAUGUUUUUGAGAAGAUGGAAAAGAAAGAGGUUUUCACUUGGAAUGCUAUGAUUUGUGGGCUAGGUAUGCAUGGUAGAGCAGAGGAUGCAAUUGACCUUUUCUUUAAGAUGCAAAAACAGAAGUUUAGGCCAAAUGGGAUAACUCUUUUGGGUGUCCUAAGUGCUUGUGCUCAUUCAGGAAUGGUAGAUGAGGGUUUAAGGAUUUUUAAUUCCAUGGAGGAAGUGUAUGGUAUAGAGCCUGGGAUGGAGCAUUAUGGGUGUGUAGUUGAUCUCCUAGGAAGAGCAGGGCUCUUAGGAGAGGCAGAGGAGGUUAUGUAUUCAAUGCCAAUGGAACCCAGUGCUGCUGUUUGGGGAGCACUUUUAGGGGCUUGUAGGAAACAUGGAGAUGUAGAAUUAGGUGAGAGAGUAGGGAAGAUUUUGCUAGAAUUGGAACCUCAAAAUAGUGGUAGAUAUGCUCUGUUAUCAAACAUCUAUGCAAGGGCUGGGAGAUGGGAUGAUGUAGCAAAUGUGAGGAAACGAAUGAAGGAAAGAGGAGUCAAGACCAGCACCGGAAUUAGCAUGAUUGACUUUGAUGGUGUUGUCCAUGAAUUCAAAAUGGGAGAUGGAUCGCAUCCGCAAAUGAAGAAUAUCUAUUUAAUGUUGAAAAAUAUGAUUAAGAGGCUAAAGAUGGAAGGUUAUUCACCGAAUACCUCUCAAGUUUUAUUUGAUAUUGAAGAGGAAGAGAAGGAAGCUGAACUGCAGUACCACAGUGAAAAACUUGCAAUUGCUUUCGGAUUGAUUAACACGAAACCAGGAACAACUAUCCAUGUAGUGAAGAAUUUAAGGAUGUGUGAGGACUGUCAUUCUGCCUUCAAGCUAAUCUCUCAAGUCUAUGAUCGGGAGAUAAUCGUGAGGGACCGCGCUCGCUACCAUCAUUUCAAGACUGGGACAUGUUCAUGCAAGGAUUUUUGGUGAGUUAUGAAAUGUCAGAAGCAUUCUUAGAGCAUCAAUGAGGAUAGGAAGCAUGUCCAGAACAGAAGUUGCGAUCCAAAGAGGGAAGUUAGCUGUCAUAGUUGUAAAUGGAGGUAGCAGUUCCAUAAUCCCGAUCCAGGACUGCCAUUGUUGUUACUAGUAGAAGGACUGCUAGUUGCAUUAUCAUUCUUGGUCUCCACCGCUGGCACUGAGCCUGUCACAGGAUAACCAUAGUUUUUCCUGCAUUGGUCUCCUUCAAAAGAAGCCUCUUAGCAUCAACUUGAAGAUGCAAGAAUGUCAGCCCUGGCACAAAUAUGACAACAGUCGACUUCAUCAUCAACCUGUGAUUAUCUAAGUAUGCAAAGUAUUAAGAUUAAAAAAUAAUUUACUUUAAACUGAAAUUAACUAAAAAAAGGUCUUUCUGACGGGUCCUUGUAUUCCUUUCUAGUUUGAUCAUUGGUUGAUUAACAUUGCUUCAAGGAAGCAAAUAUAUAGAAGAAAAACAGCUUUUGCAUAAUCAUGAUUAGUGGGAAACUAGGAUUAAAAUGUGAGCACUAUAAGUAUAAUGAAGUAGUGGAGUGAUUGCAAAUUCACAAUAUUCUGGCCUUAUUGGAGUUUGCAUUGUAGGGCUCUACUAUUAAGUGCAGCACCAAAAAACACAGUUUACUGAACUGUGUAUUUACUAGCUAGCAGUAGCAUGAUUAUUGGUUUAUGGCAAAACAUUAAGAUCAUUAAGAAUUUGAAAAAUGAAAGCAUGCAGCCUGCACAUGCUCUAGGUAAAUUGUAAUUAUGGGGUCAUAAAGUUGAUCUGAUUGCUAGGAUAAGUAAUCUAAAGGGUAACAUGGAGCUGAAAAUUGACCUUUGCUUCUGUAAAUGUAGAGAAAUCAGGUUCUCAAACUGAAACGGACCUGUUUUGGGCUAUCUGUGCUCAUCCUAGGCUACAACCCAAGUCACCAAAUAAGUACUGGGCUAACCCUAGCAUGAACCUCUUAAUCAGUCCUUAAUCCAUACCAUAAAAACAGAGUGGUCACAAAAUGAGAUUAUCUAGUAUUGUGUAGUUUUUGUUUGGUAUGGUGAUAAUUUUUAUUUUUUUAAUUAUAUUUAAAAAGUUAUUUGAUUAGUUAAAUAGCAUGUGUUUACACUCUGUCUCUUAUAAAAUGGUGUUUUAAAUUUUAGUUUUGUAAAAAUUAACUCAACUUGUUUUUUAUUCAUAGGGACAUGUUUUUUAUUUAUUUAUUUUGCAUAUAAAUAUUCAUCUUACAAUAAUUUUAACUAAGCAUAUAUAUUUUUUAAAUCUAUUUUUUAAAAUUAAUCUAUUUUUUUAAUUGUAAUUACAAAAACUUCGAUAAUACAAAAAGCACCUCAUUAUUCAAUGCCCCGUAAAUAAACAAAAAAAAAUAAAAUCAAAAGCAUUAAACCAAAACUCAUUCUGGCCCCCAAAUUUCCCUUCACGAUAAUUAACUCCAAAAAUGACCAAUUUGUCAUUAUAUACAAUAUUAUGGACCAAUUUUGUCCUAACAAAAUCCAGUAUAACUAUUAAACUAAAACAGACCACUGAGUACAUGCCACUCAAAAUCAGGAUCAGUUUAACUACCAAAAAUAUUUUUUAAAAAAUAAAAAUGAGAAGGCCAAGUCAUGACCAUGAAACUACUAUCCCCUUCUUCUGCAUCAAACCCCAGAUGGGCUCUCUUCCUUUUCACUUCUAAUCCAAAAGGGUCAGAACCCAUCUCAAACUCUACCAACUUUUUCAAUGGAGGUCAAAAAAUUUAGUCUUUAAUAGAAAAAUGGUAGUGAAGGCACGUGUGAAGGUGGAGCAUAAGAAUGAAACUGAAGUAAAAUGAACUGAGUGGGGUAAGGUAUCUGCUGUGCCUUUUGAUAUGGAUGGAGUGUUGUUCAAUAGUGAAGAGCCUUUAAGAAUGGCAGGUGUUGAUAUUUUUGCUGAGAUGUGAGUUGAAGUUACAGUGGAGGAUUUUGUGUCAUUCAUGGGCACGGGUAAUAUAUAUUUGGUUCUUCAGUUUGAGAUUUUGUGCUUUGAUACAGUGAUUAUUUCUUGUUAGAUAAUAAGUGAUUGGAUAUUUGGUUUCAAUUAGCGAGAAUUUCAAUGUUAGCAAUUCUUUUUUGUUUCUUGAAAAGAAUCCAAAUGAUGUCAUUUGAUAUUUAGAGGACUUGUUUUAUAAUGUUGUCAAUGGUUCUGUUUUUAUUUUCUGGAAUUUGGUGUUUGAGUGACAGAAAUUUGAUUGUUUGAGAUGGAAAUUUGAUGGGAAGGAGCUGUAGUUUUACUGCUGAGUUUAUUCAAUGUAUUAGUGAAGGAAACUACCUACGAGGUGUUGCAAAUGUAAAGGGUGUAAAGGGAUUCGGUCCUGAUCGAGGCGGAAAAGAAAAGGUUCUGUGAGAUAUAUCUAGAUAAGGUUUGAUUAGUGUGGAUUAUAUAUCCGAGUUUGUAAUGCAGUGUGAGUUUGUUUUGUGAUGCCCAAAGUCCUUUCACACAUUGCAGUAUGCAAAACCGAAUCCCGGAAUUGGAUUUCCAGGUGCCCUUGAACUCAUCACUCAGGUAUGAAACUGCAACAAUCCAGAAUUUGAAUAAUGAGAUUGUGUUGAGGCUACAUUAGCAUAGUGCCUCCUGUAUGACAGUGUCAAAACAAAGGCCUGAAAGUUGCUGUUGCAUCUAAUGCUGAUCACGUAUCAAAGUGGAUGCUAAUUUAGCUGCUGCUGGCUUACCAGUAUCAAUGUAGGCUUACCUAUUGUUUGUCCCAUUUGCCCGUUUCUCUAGCUCUUCGAAUAGUUUUACAAUUCCAAAUUCCAUUUUUACAUUUAGCUGAUAGUCACUGAAAUGCUCAGUGCUUUACCAUGGAAUAUGUAAUGUUGAACAAUAAUUACAUUUCAGAAUUGUAUAAUGUUGAGUGUGGAGACAAACUCACACAAUCCUAGCUUUGAUGGGAUGGAGACAAGGCUUGAAGAAAGGAGUUAACAAAGGGCUAAAAUCAUGGCUGCAAAUCAAAGGAGGAUUUGUGGUGAUUUUUUGGGAGAAAUCAUGGAUGAAAAUGGGAUGCGUGUUCCCCCAUUUUCAACUAUAAAUUGGCACCAUAUGUAUGAGCAAAGUAGAGCCAAUUGAGAGGAUAAACAGGGAGCUAGAGAGAGCUGCCUUGGCAGCAGCUUGUAGUGGCAAGCUGAGUGAGAGAGAUGGGAGUGGCGUUGAGUUUCUUUCUCCUCCGUUGUUGUGUAGUUGUAGCUUUCUCUAUACCUAAUAAUAUUGGCUUCUCUGUGGAUGCAGGCAAGUGUCCAAACCAAGUUUAAAUAUUGUAUUCAGCCUCUGGGCAAAGAUCAAAUCGAUCCUAACAAAUAAGUGGGUUUGAUGCUAUUGUGUCAACUGAUGCUUUUGAGAAUUUGAAACAAGCUCCUGCAUUUUCCUGGCUGCAUCAAAAAUCUUGAAGUUUCCUUUCAAUUAACUUGGUUUGAAAACUUUAUUUGGUUACUUCAAACUUUGGAGCUGAAAGGAGUAAAUCCGAAUCCUUGAAGCGUCACAGGAAUCAAUCAUCAGCUGACACAGAGACAAUUGAAGUUGAUGGUGGUUCAUCCAGUGAGGGCAACCUGUGUCUCAAAAUAUCAUUACCUGAAGAGUACCAUUUCUCAAAGUGCUGAUCGAUCCCUCUUGAAGGUUAGUUAUCUAGGUUCAGAAGGAACUGCAAGCCUUGAUUUCAGAAGAUCCACUGCCUCUUCUUCAAUAGGAAGAAUAAAUUGCAGGGUGUGCCUUUAUUUUUUUGCUGUGUAGUUCAGUUUGAUAGCAAAACACAAAGGUUAGCGGAUAUAUAUUUUGUGUUCCAACGAUACAUUUUUAAGGAAAUUCCAUUUAGAAAAACUCCAUGCUAAGCUUACAAUUUCCUGUUAGUUUUUCACCAAGAAAUAAUCAGUUUGAUUCAUUUUUCAGGCUCACUAUUGGAAGUAAGAUGAGGUCUGCUUAUAUCAAUCACUUGUCUGAGAUACCCUUCCAAGAAGAAGUUUCAGACUCUACUGGUCUACCCCAUCAGAAAUCACACUUGCAUAUCUUGUGAAGCCCAAAUCUUCACCGAACAACUUGCAGCUACCAGUUACCAGCUGACAGCAUUCUCAUGCACAUGCAUUGUAAGAUUUUUUGGGUACAAUUUUGUGAUAUAUUUUCCAUGAAACAUGGAAGUUGAUUGGAUGAAGCAGUUUAUCUCAGUAAAUCAAAGAAAAUGACAUUUUCAUUGGAUUCGAAGAUGUCAAUGGAUUGUCACAUGUAAAUGUUUGACAUUUUGGAAGAGAGAACAUUGAUGUAGAGAACAGAUAUCAUUGCUUUUUUUAUUGAGUUUCUUUUUCCAACCUUCA